GCGGAUACCGAGCGACGGUUUCCUGUCUGUGGCGCUGGUGUACAUGUUAUCCCUCUGAGAUCAGUGCAGACUGCUGUCUGCCCCCGCCCCCCCCGCUGCAGCCAUGUCGGUCCCGUCGGCCACCAUGGCCUUCGUGCCGGCCCCCAGCCCCACGGUGGUGGACCAGACCACCCUGAUGAAGAAGUACCUGCAGUUUGUGGCAGCGCUCACAGACGCCAACACACCCGAUGAAACGAAGCUGAAGAUGAUGCAGGAGGUCAGCGAAAACUUUGAGAAUGUGACAUCGUCUCCUCAGUACUCCACCUUCUUGGAGCACAUCAUCCCCCGCUUCCUCACGUUUCUGCAGGAUGGAGAGGUGCAAUUCCUCCAAGAAAAACCUACACAGCAAUUGCGGAAACUGGUGCUGGAAAUCAUCCAUCGAAUUCCUACAAAUGAACACCUGCGACCGCACACUAAAAACAUCUUGUCUGUGAUGUUCCGCUUCCUGGAGAUUGAGAGUGAGGAGAAUGUGCUGAUAUGCCUCCGCAUCAUCAUUGAGCUGCACAAACAGUUCCGCCCUCCGAUUUCCCAGGAGAUUCAUCACUUUCUGGACUUUGUGAAGCAGAUCUACAAAGAGCUUCCCAAAGUCGUUACCAGGUACUUUGAGAACCCGCAGGUGAUCGCAGAGAACACGGUCCCCUCCCCAGAAAUGGUCGGGAUGAUCACGUCGGUGAUGGUCAAGACGGCACCUGAGAGGGAUGACAGCGAAACACGAACACACACCAUCAUCCCCCGGGGGUCUCUGUCCCUCAAAGUUCUGGCUGAGCUGCCGAUCAUCGUGGUGCUGAUGUAUCAGGCGAUAGAGACGGCUCUGGACUGUCUGAAGAGCGCCAACACGGAGCCGUACUACAGACGCCAGGCCUGGGAGGUCAUCAAGUGUUUCCUGGUGGCCAUGACCAGUCUGGACGACAACAAGCACGCCCUCUACCAGCUCCUCUCUCAUCCCAACUUCGCUGAUAAGUGGAUCCCCAAUGUCAUCAUCUCUCACCGCUACAAAGCUCAGGACACGCCGGCCCGCAGGACUUUUGAGCAGGCUCUGACGGGGGCGUUCAUGUCGGCCGUGAUAAAGGACCUGAGGCCCAGCGCGCUGCCGUUCGUCGCCAGCCUGAUCCGCCAUUACACCAUGGUGGCCGUGGCCCAGCAGUGUGGUCCGUUCCUGCUGCCGAGCUACCAGCUGGGCAGCCAGCCGAGCACCGCCAUGUUCCACAGCGAGGAGAACGGCUCCAAGGGCAUGGACCCGCUGGUUCUGAUCGACGCCAUCGCCAUCUGCAUGGCCUACGAGGAGAAGGAGCUGUGUAAGAUCGGAGAGGUGGCCCUAGCAGUCAUCUUCGACGUGGCCAGCAUCAUCCUCGGCUCCAAGGAGAGGGCGUGCCAGCUGCCCUUGUUCUCCUACAUUGUGGAGCGCCUGUGCGCCUGCUGCUAUGAGCAGGCCUGGUACGCCAAGCUGGGCGGCGUGGUGUCCAUCAAGUUCCUGAUGGAGAGACUGCCUCUGAUCUGGGUCCUGCAGAACCAGCUCACCUUCCUCAAGGCUCUGCUCUUCGUCAUGAUGGACCUCACGGGAGAGGUGUCAAACGGAGCAGUAGCCAUGGCUAAGACGACCCUGGAGCAGCUGCUGGUGCGCUGUGCGACUCCACUGAAGGAUGAGGAAAAGACUGAGGAGCUGCUGGCCGCCCAGGACAAGUCCUUCCAUAUGGUGACUCACGACCUGGUGCGAGAGGUCACCUCCCCCAACUCCACCGUCAGGAAGCAGGCCAUGCACUCCCUGCAGGUGCUGGCUCAGGUCACCGGCAAAAGUGUGACCGUCAUCAUGGAACCACACAAAGAGGUGUUGCAGGACAUGGUUCCCCCGAAGAAGCACCUGCUCCGCCACCAGCCUGCCAACGCUCAGAUCGGCCUGAUGGAGGGCAACACCUUCUGCACCACCCUGCAGCCCCGCCUCUUCACCAUGGACCUCAAUGUCAUGGAGCACAAGGUUUUCUACCAAGAGCUGUUGAACCUGUGUGAGGCAGAGGAUGCUGCUCUGAUGAAGCUUCCCUGUUAUAAGAGCCUCCCCUCCCUGGUUCCCCUGCGCAUCGCUGCUCUCAGUGAGUACUUCCUGCUCAACCUCGAUAUUCGUCCUUUGCAAACUAAAAUCCUCAACCUGGAAAACUAA